CGUUUCUUGAGCUUUGCACUUCCCGUCGUCGUUUCCUCCAAUCUACCUCUUGUUCAUCAUCUUGAUACAACCCAAAUUCCGAAGAAGCAAUCAAUGUCUCGGGUUUUCCCGCGGGGUGAUGACGACAAGGUGCAAUCUCCAUCCUCGACAUCGCCACCGCCGGCGGAAUCAAUGAUCUUCCCUUCCACUUUUACUGUGUGGAAGAAAUCCAGCAUGUCUUUUGAUUGCAUGGACGGAUUCACGGUGUUCGAUAGCAGAGGAAGGUUGGCGUUCAGGGUCGACAACUACAGCCGAAGCUGCCGAUGGCUGACCCAGGAUCUAGUGCUUAUGGACGGCGAAGGCAGUCCGAUCAUGGCUUUACGUCCCAAGAUCACCAGCAUGCAUGAACAGUGGGACGGAUUUGAAGGAGAAGGAAGUCCAAGGAAGACAGGCAGAGGACGGCGCGUUUUCUCGAUCAGGAAGCGUCACAUGGCGAACCACAAGGGCCAAGCGGUAGUCAAUAUUGGUGACGAUUUCUCGGUGCCCGACUUUUACAUCGAGGGCAACUACAGCAAAAGGUGCUGCAAGAUCCGACGCGUCACCGGUGAAGUGGUAGCGGAGAUAUGCAGGAAACAGGCCAGCACAUCGGAUGCAGUUUUGUUGGGAACCGAUGUCUUCAGCCUUACCAUUAAUCCCGGUUUUGACAGCGAGCUGGUGAUGGCAUUUGUCGUCGCCAUGGAUCGGAUAAGCUGGAAAUAUUUCAUCCCUGCAUUAUUCCAUUGAGGCAUCGACAAAUUAUACUUCGUUGGCAUAAGAUCCCCAUGCAUUAGUAAUUAGCUGUUAAUUUAGUUGGUAUCUCCAUUUUCGUUUUUACGCCGUUUUG